AUGAGCAGCGGCGACGGCAAUCAGGCCGGCGGCGCGGGUCGAGGAGGAGGAGGGGGAGGAGGAGGAGGACCCGUGCCGUCUUCGGGAUUUCCGUCUGCCGGCCGGCCCAUGGGCAUGGGCGCGCCGCCGUCCACGUCAGGCUAUGCGAGCGCGCCUCCGCCUCCCAUGGGGAUGCGAGCCAUGCCCCCGCCAGAUCGUCUGGUCGUUCUGCCCCCCCCCCCUGUCCCUUCCAACCGUUCUCGUUCUCCCCCAACGUCUCCUGAUCAUCUCGUCAUCUCCCUCCUCGUCAUCGUCUCCUUCUCGUCUCCUGUCCGUCUUCUCAUCUCGUCGUACACCCCUUCUCUCUUCUCUCUCCUCCGUUUUGUCACCUCUCCGCACCUCCCCGCACCGUUCUCUCCUCCACCGUUCCUCACCGCGCCCCACUCCUUCCUCCGUGCCCUAAAGCACCGUCACAUCAGCUAG